AUGUCUUCCUCCACGUCUUCCUCCAGAUAUAAGUUCCCAUUCAUGGCGUACGACAUUCAGGAACAGCUGAUGGACGCCAUGUAUAGCGCGUUGGACCAGAAGAAGGUGGCAAUCGUGGAGAGCCCGACCGGCACCGGGAAGUCACUGAGCAUUAUCUGCGCCACCAUUCAGUGGAUCCAAGACUUCCACACGAAUGAGUUGAAGCGACUGACACGACAACUGCAAACAUUGAACAAAGAGAUCGAACGACUGGACGCCGACAGCAAAGUGAGCUCUGAUUGGAUUGAAUUGCAGGACAAGAAGUCAAUGGUUUGUCGUCAGAAGGAAGUGAUUGUCAAACAAUUGAAUGCUUUCGAUGUGAAGAACCAGAGGAACAAAGCACUCGUCGACCGGCGAAGCAAUUCAUUAGUUCGACAUUCGUUGGUCUUAAAGCAUAAGAAUGUGUCGAAAAAGCUCAGGACUGACACCAAUUGUGGCGAUGAGUUGAGUGCAUGUGAUAACGAAACCGACGAAGACUUUGUCGACUAUUGCAGUGAUGAGGAAGUGAUGGACGAGAAGGUGAGCGCCGAAGAGAGCGAGACAUUCGUGAGACCGAAGAUCUAUUACGCGAGUCGAACGCAUUCACAACUCUCGCAAUUCAUACGUGAGAUCCAGAGGACGACUUACUCUCGAGGAGACACUCCUUUGCGAGCGGUUCCGUUGGGCUCCAGAAAUAAUUAUUGCAUUAAUGAUAGGGUUUUGAGACUCAAUAACAAUCAUCUCAUUAAUGAGAAGUGCAUUGAAUUACAGAAUUCAAGUAAUAGUCAAACAAAGUGUCAAUUCUUUAAGAAGUCUGUAAUGAAUGAACUCAAGGAUGAAGUGUUGGCCGAUGUGCUGGACAUCGAAGACAUCAACAAAUUAGGCAAAGGAGUCAAAGCGUGUCCUUACUAUAGCACGCGAUUAGCCAUUCCUGAGGCAGAGAUCGUGAUAAUGCCUUACAAUGUAUUACUGCAUUCGCCAACCCGUCAGUCCUAUGGCAUAGACCUCGUGGACAGUGUUGUGGUGGUGGACGAGGCGCACAAUCUCAUGGAAACCAUUCAUAACAUCCAUAGUAUUGAACUGAAGGGCUCGCACGUGAUGGACGCUCUCACACAACUCAAUGCAUACCUCGCGAGAUAUAAGACUCGAUUGAGUGCCAGGAAUGCAAUGCAUAUCAAACAAAUCGUAUUCAUUUUAAACGUGUUUAGCAAACAUUUUAAAACAAGUGCUCAAAACGAUUGUCAAAGUGUUUGCGAAAGAGUCGAGUUUCUCAUAAGACUUGGUAUCGAAAACUUGAAUUUAUUUCAAAUUCUUGAUUAUUGCCAAAAGAGUCAAAUCGCGCGAAAACUAUUCGGUUUCAGUAAAAGACAACAAAGCGUUGCAAAUGACAUAAAACCUGAUAAAGCAGUGAAUGGGACGACAGCUUUCUUAGCAAAAAUGAAAGCCAAGUCCAUUGAAUUGCAAUCAAUUGCUUCCAACACAUCGACCCCUGAAGAGGAAGUGAAAGUCUAUGGCUCUCCUCUAUAUCUCAUACAAGAAUUCCUCAGAGCUUUGGUUAACUCGAACUCAAACGCAAAGAUUAUCACAAAAUAUGAUAAGAACUCGAUUAGAGAGUGUUGUGUGAAAUAUAUUCUUUUGAAUCCUUUCUCGCAAUUCAAAGACAUUGUCAGUGAAUGUCGUUCUGUUGUUCUCUGCGGCGGAACAAUGAAACCGUUUGACGAAUACAUCGACCACUUGUUCACGCCUUUAGGCAUUACUUCUGACCGACUCUUGACAUUCUCGUGCGGACACGUCAUCCCAGACUCACAUCUAUUGGCUGUGGCUCUGGGAAUGGGACCAAACGGAAAGACACUUAACUAUACGUUUCAAAAUCGCACCAACAAUUCAAUGAUAGAGGAAACGGGCAAAACAGUGGUCAACAUGUGUGCCGUCAUUCCCGACGGAAUCGUUUGCUUUUUCCCUUCAUAUGAGUUGGAAGACAUUUAUUACAAAUCGUGGCAAAAGUGUGGAAUCAUUAAAAGUAUUGAAUCCAAAGGCAAGACUGUGUUUCGAGAGCCCAGAAAGGCAUCGAUGGUUCACACGAUUCUGUCUGAUUAUAACCGUGCGAUCACUGGCACUAACAAUAGAGGGGCUCUUCUGUUGUGUGUCGUCGGCGGCAAAAUGAGUGAAGGAAUUAAUUUCAGCGACCAUUUGGGUCGGGGAGUCAUAGUCGUGGGUCUGCCCUACGCUAACAAACAGUCACUCGAAUUGACACAAAAGAUGCAAUAUUUGGAUUCAUUGAAACCCAACGCCGGAAAUGUAUUUUACGAAAACCUGUGUCUCAAAGCUGUCAACCAAUCGAUCGGAAGAGCCAUUCGGCAUAAAAACGAUUUCGCAGUCAUUAUUCUGUUGGAUAACAGGUAUACAAACAGACAAAACAUACGACAGAAUCUUCCGGAUUGGAUCAGAGCCCGACUCCUGUGUGUCGACUCCUUUCCUAAGGCUUUCUCUUCUAUACGACAAUUCUUUCACAACAAACAGAAAUAAACUCCUAUUGAGUGGAAAUCAUGUCAAAUACAGCAAUCACUUCAAUCCACACUUCUUAUACUCAAUCACAAGUUUUUCAUAGGAAUGGCAC